AUGGAAGAUCCACUUUGCCCAGCCCUCAGGCGAGUUGCAGAAAUCGGCACUCUCUAUGAUGCGAAAGCAGAUAAAUUUCUACAAGCCUCAAUCCUAUCUUCCAACCUACUGGCCAGUUAUGUAUCAACACGGCCAACCGCUACCACAGAAAUCACCCUCUCAAAAUGUGCCUCAUACAUGGAUAUCUUUAAAGAUCUCCAUAUAGACGAAGACACUGCGGUCAACAUUCUUGCCGGGUUACUUCAUCUGCAAGGCGCCGCCGCUUUCAUUCGUGAUUUCACGCCCAGCGGAGGAGAUCUUCGUGCCGCCAUCAUUCAUCAUGUCUCGACAGUGCAGCAGACACUGGACAAUGUGAUUGAAGCAUUCAAGUCAUGUAGCGACUUGACGCCUUUGGGGAAAAGUGACUGCACUCACGUCGUGAUUGGAAUCAACUGGGGCUUGAAGACGGUCAUUGCAGCCAAUAGUCCCAUGUCAAGAAAAUCUAGUCGACCCGAAGAGGAUGAUAUCACCUUUCAAGGAGAUCUGAAUACUCUGACUUACGCUAUCGAAUCUGCCUUUCUCACACCUAAAACACCUCCUAAACUGGAGAUUUGCGGCGAGCUCACGCUCUAUAGCGAUGUUCUUGAGAAAGAAGGUCUUGUUAUGCAAGACGUUUCGGAGAUCUGCAACUUCAUCCGAAUUGUACCAGAUCAUAUUCGGCGAGAGAAUGGCGGAAAGGGAUGGCCAAUAGAAUACACCUUGAUCCCCAUCACGGCACUUUCAUACAUGGUUUCGCUCCCGCUGGGAUUUCGGUAUACUCUUAAUCCAAUCAGGAAUGAUUAUCUUGCUGCCUUCAUUCAGCUAUUUGACCAAUUUGAGGUCUCCGCAGUUGGACUCCAGAAAUAUGAUGCCUACCUAGUAGGCCAUAUGAUGCACACUAGCAAAGAUCAUCUCAAUCAAGUUAUUACUUCUAUGAAGGCUUUGGAAGACCUCAGAAACCGGACGGUUAAACGGCUGUCUUAUGUCUUGCAGGAGGCACGAAAGGGAAAGGGAGGGCCUUCGAUGCUGUUUGACCUAUAUCAACAAGCCACUUCGGGAGAAUUUACUGUAGAGCAUGCAUCCGCCAUUAUUGGCCAGGAAUCUAGCAAGCUCAAUUUCAUCAGCAGCGUUGCUGCACAAGGCGCAAGAUAUUUGGGCUUCAACGGGAUUUCUCCAGAGACAGUCAACAAGUCUCACAAAGACGACCAUUUUUAUGUAUUUCAUUUCAGUUCUGCGUCAAUGGACCAAAAGAAACAAUGGGAGGAUAACGUCGCUUUGUUGUUGGAUUUACUCAGUCAGCCAGAUCAACAUAUGCCAGUCUAUCUAUUAGAUCAUGACUCGGUAGACUCUUAUUUCUGCCCUGAUGCCGGACCAUGCAUAUCCCAGUACAAGGGCGAGAAGGAGACUAUUCCCGAUGUUCUCAGUUACCGCCAGUUUCUGUCUUCAAAAUGCUUCGCUCAACCUCAUGGUGCUGCUCUGGAUACUAGUAGGCGCCAACGACCAGUCAAGAGAUGCAUUGUUAGGGUACCUUGCCCCAAACCAAACUGUGAUUCUAGAUGUGUGGAAUGGAUCUGUCCAGUAUGCUUUGUCGAGAUUGAGUUCGGAUACAGCGACGAACACUUCUACUGCGAAUGUGGCCGGGCCGCUUACAGCACAUUCAAGUUUAAAUGUAACGAUCCCAAGCACGGAGCUACAUACACAAGAUAUAAUGCAAAGGAGCUUCACAAAAUCUUGACCGGGUUGGAUGAGGCUGACUUCAUCAACAUACUCAUUCUCGGAGAAACUGGAGUGGGAAAGUCGACAUUUAUCAAUGCCUUCGUCAAUUACUUGACCUAUUCAACACUGGAUGAAGCCAUAGAUGUGGAUGAGCUCACAUCUGUGAUACCGUGCUCUUUCUCUCUUCAGACCAUGGACAGAGCAAAUUUGUCUGCAGGAAUUCAAGAAUACAAUGUCAAGGUUGGCGCUCGUGAUGAUGAAGUGGAUGGUUCAACGGGGAAGUCGGCAACCCAGAAGUCAUCUGUUUACACUGUGAAAAUUGGGACAAAGACAUAUCGCUUGAUUGACACGCCAGGAAUUGGGGAUACUCGAGGCCUGUCUUACGAUAAGGAGAACAUGGCCGAUAUCCUGAAAGCCAUCAGCAGCUACGAACAACUGCACGGUAUUCUAGUCCUGGUCAAAUCGAACAACGCUCGCCUUACCAUUACUUUCAGAUUCUGCGUCAAGGAACUCCUCACUCAUCUCCACCGUAGUGCUGCGAAAAGUAUGGCCUUUGGGUUCACUAACACGCGCAUAUCCAAUUACGCCCCUGGAGAUACCUUCAAGCCACUCAAGUCACUCCUUGAUGAGCACUCGGAUAUUCCCAUUACACUCUCAGCAACAACUACAUACUGUUUCGACUCUGAAAGCUUCCGCUACCUUGCAGCGUAUAAGCAGGGAGUGCCGCUCCCCAGUGAAGAAGAUUUCCGCGCAAGCUGGGAUCACUCGAGUAAAGAGGCGCAUAGGCUUCUCAAUUACUUCGCAUCGACACCGCCCCAUCCCGUUGCCAGCACAAUUAGCCUAAAUGGAGCACGAAAGCUGAUAUUGGAACUCACGAAACCAAUGGCGAGCAUUGCAGAAUCUAUCAGAAAAAACAUCACGUUGUGCGUUGACCAGAGGACGGAGCUGGAUGGCACAAAAUUGACUGCGGCGAACCUUCGCAAGAGGCUUCGCAUAGAGAAGAUCCAGUUCGUAGCCAAGAAGUUGGAUAGACCUCGCACGGUCUGCCAGAAGCAUGAUUGUUGUGAUUUUAAGGAUAGCGGUCUUGGAGACGGGGCAGUUGUCACCAUUUACAAGACGCACUGCCACCCUGAAUGCUACCUGGACAAUGUCAAAGAAGACGUCGUCGCCGAUCCAGGUCUCAUACACUGCUAUGCUUUUGGUGGCAGCAAUGUUUGCAGGCUAUGCGGCCAUCGAUGGCAAGAGCAUUUACACGUUCUCUACGAAUUGUCCGAGACCAAGGCUCUAAUCACAGAUACCGAAAUUGAGAGGCAACUAAAGUCUAACGCAGACGAUGUAACGCUCCGACAAACAAGCAUCGCUAGGCUGGACAAAACUAUUGAAGAGUACAAACAAGAGCUCGACGAGAUUCGACGUGCUGCGGCUCGAUUUUGUCUGUUUCUGAGGGAGAACUCAAUCACUGUCAUUAACGACGCUACACUGGACUAUCUUGAGAUGCUCAUUCAGGAUGAAAAGGGCAUUAUUGACACCGCAAAUCGACGAGGCAUACCGACGAACAAGAAACGCCUCGAAGCAUUGCAGGAGGACAGGCAGAUCCACCUCCAGCUGGUUGAAACGUUCAAGCAGAAUAUGCUUGAGCCUUCUGGUCCAGAGGACGUGCUCCUUGACGAACAAGGGGUUGAUGCUCUGGUGAAAAAGCUAUAUGCGCUGCAGCAUUUUGGCGAAAACCUGAAGCAUAUCAAAUAUGUCAUAGACACUUCGCUAGAAGAGACUUCUCGGGAGCGGCCCUACCGUGUACAAACUUCUAAUCGAAACAGAUACAGUUUAUCGAGUAAUGGGAAACGAACCAGUGGCCACAGGCGGGGAGAAUCUCACGGCAACGACUUAUUAUCUUCCUCGGCGAACAAAAUCCUCAAAAUGGGGAGCGGCGGUCAAAGAUGGAGCAUAGAGCUGGUGUCGCCAUCUCUCUUCCCCCAACUUUCAUACGCCCAGGUGGCCAGUCAGGGUUCUUCGUACAAACACGCACCCAUCAAAUUCAUGAAUAGGGUGAGAGAGUGGUGGACUUCUGGAGAUGGCCAGAAGAAGAAGCGCCUUGUUGACGCGCAUUCGAGUUUAGACUGA